CACCAGGCCCUUGGUUCCACUCAGUUGAACAAGUGAAUGAACGAAAGAAUAAAUUAAUGAAAUGAGGAAACGACUCAAUGAAUAAUGUGAAACUGAAUCCUCUGGGGAUCUUUCAUUCCACAGGUACACAGUGGAGGACCCGCCCCGCCUCUCAUCCUCCCCGCCCUCCCUUCCCCGCCAUUAGACUGAGGGUCCGGGCUGCGGCCGCCAGAGGGCGCAGAGAGGCGGCGUUUCCCGCACGGAAGGUUUUGCGUUAGGCACUGUAUGGGGCGGGGCCUGCGGGCGGGCUCCACUCGGCUGGACCUGGUCAAGCGGAGGGCGGAACGCCGCGGCGGGGCUGAGGCUGUGCAGUGAUACCCGGGGCAGUUUGGGCGGCGCACCGGGCGAAGAUGGCGGCGGAGCGGCAGGACGCUCUGAGGGAGUUCGUGGCGGUGACGGGCGCCGAGGAGGAUCGGGCCCGCUUCUUCCUGGAGUCGGCCGGCUGGGACCUGCAGAUCGCCCUAGCAAGCUUUUAUGAGGAUGGAGGGGACGAAGACAUUGUGACCAUUUCGCAGGCAACCCCCAGUUCAGUAUCCAGAGGCACAGCUCCCAGCGAUAAUAGGGUGACAUCCUUCAGAGACCUCAUUCAUGACCAAGAUGAAGACGAGGAGGAAGAGGAGGGUCAGAGGUUUUAUGCUGGGGGCUCAGAGAGAAGUGGACAGCAGAUUGUUGGCCCUCCCAGGAAGAGAAGUCCCAACGAGCUGGUGGACGAUCUCUUUAAAGGUGCCAAGGAGCAUGGAGCUGUAGCUGUGGAACGAGUGACCAAGAGCCCUGGAGAGACCAGUAAACCAAGACCAUUUGCAGGCGGUGGCUACCGCCUUGGAGCGGCACCAGAGGAAGAGUCUGCCUACGUGGCAGGAGAAAGGAGGCGGCAUUCCGGCCAAGAUGUUCAUGUAGUGUUGAAGCUCUGGAAGACUGGAUUCAGCCUGGACAAUGGUGAACUCAGAAGCUACCAAGACCCAUCCAAUGCCCAGUUUCUGGAGUCUAUUCGCAGAGGAGAGGUGCCAGCAGAGCUGCGGAGGUUAGCUCACGGUGGGCAGGUGAACUUGGACAUGGAGGACCAUCGGGAUGAGGACUUCGUGAAACCCAAGGGAGCCUUCAAAGCCUUCACUGGCGAGGGUCAGAAACUGGGCAGCACUGCCCCCCAGGUAUUGAAUACCAGCUCUCCAGCACAGCAGGCAGAAAAUGAAGCCAAAGCCAGCUCUUCCAUCUCAAUCGAUGAGUCACAGCCUACCACAAACAUCCAAAUACGGCUUGCUGAUGGUGGGAGGCUGGUGCAGAAGUUUAACCACAGCCACAGGAUCAGCGACAUCCGACUCUUCAUCGUAGACGCCCGGCCGGCCAUGGCUGCCACCAGCUUUGUCCUUAUGACUACCUUCCCGAACAAAGAGCUGGCUGACGAGAACCAGACGCUGAAGGAAGCCAACCUGCUCAAUGCCGUCAUCGUGCAGCGGUUAACAUAACUGCCAGGCCCGGCCAGCAGCCUCAUCUCCCCCCGUGUCUCCCAUGGCCAGCUGCCCUGUGGGGACCAUCCUUCCACCCACUCCUGCACACCCUGCAUCCAGUGCCACGUCUCCUCCGUAGCUCUGGGUUCUUAGAUCUCAGUUGGACAUUUGUUUUCUCCUUAGUUGCAUUUCCUGGGUUUUUGUGAUGAUCAAUGGACUUUAAAGAAAAAAAUAAAAACAACCAAAAAAAAAAUAUUUGAAGGA